CUUGGUGCAAUUGGGCGCGAAAAUUUCUCCUAACAUUUUCCCGCCGAAGUCUCCCUUGCACCAAUCACAACCAUGUUGACAACGAAUUCCGACUUCCCAUUGGCCUGUUGUGAAAUGGCGCGCUUUGCCAUUUUACUCUACGAUUGAAGAUAACAAGUUGCGUCACCCUUCGUCAUCAACCUCUGAGUAGUAGUAGUAAUCGCGCGCAUUUUUGGGAAGCAAUAUUAUAUGAAAUAGCGUGCUGCACUGUGUAUUGGUAAGCGUAGGCUAUAGUAAUUGUGAAUUUUUGAAGGUCGAGGUUGUUAUGGGUAAAUUUUAAUUCCUGUAGCAAUUUUUUGAAAUUCGUCGAUAAUAAUUUUACAGGUGUCUUCAUCACCCGAUUGGUGGUCGUCUUCAUUCCUAGUUUCCUAUUUCGAUUUACAGUGUCUAUGUGCAGGACUAUGAUGACGAGACAAAUGCAGACUGUUUAUCAUCCAGAUAUUUCUACAGUGAACAAGAUGUGUUGUGUUCUAGGACUCGAACCGAUGGGCGCACACAGCGUGAGACGCAACCUUUUCGGAGCAGGCAGUGGUGGCGAACCCAGCGUGGACGAGGUGCUGUCCCGUCACAUGUCAGAGAUCGCCGAGCGGUCAGCAAAGACAUGGAAUUUCGAUUUCAUAGAAGAGCGUCCCUUGUCUGGGGGGCGUUACCUGUGGCAGAAGGUAUUCGAUGACCAUGUGGACUGUGGGAGCAAAGACAGCAGCAGACUGUGCAAAAAAGAAAACACACUGCUAGUCAAAACCCACGAGGACGGUAAAUCACAACUCAAGUGCAAUUCUACAGCCUUCCUGGUGCAAACUAGUAUAAGAAGUUACGCUAAGGUUCAGAAGCCCCGAUCGUCUAAGCGACUCUCUCCCUACCUAUUGAAAAGAUCUUCCAGUUUUCCUGGGUGUGUUUUAAAUGAUGUCGGUGCGUCGUGAGGCAACUGUGAAAGAAGAAGCAAAUUAUAUUCAUUUUGUAUAAUUGUUUCAUUUCGUCUUUAUUUUGUUCCUCAUGUGUACAGAUAGUUCUACAAUCAUGUUUCUUGCAAUAAAAUUGAAGAAAUAAUAUUUA